AUGGGGCAAUAUAUAACAACUCAUGCUUUUUAUCAUUCAUAUACCGAUGAACCACAUGCCACACGUCGAAAAGAAAUGCUUCAAAAAUAUCCUGAAAUAAAACAACUAAUGGGACCCGAUUGGCGUAUGGCAAUACAAGUUGUUAUAUCUGUAAUAAUACAAAUAACUGUGGGAAUACUUCUCAAAGAUGCAUCUUGGUCAACAUUACUUUUUGUUGCUUACGUUGUUGGUGGUACAAUAAAUCAUACAUUGUCAUUAGCUUUACAUGAAUUAACGCAUAAUUUAGCAUUUGGUCAUUCAUGGCCAAUAUCUAAUCGUCUAUUAGGUUUUUUUGCUAAUAUUCCAUUAGGUGUACCAGCAUCGAUUACAUUUAAAAAAUAUCAUCUUGAUCAUCAUAGAUUUCAAGGUGACGAAGUAUAUGAUACGGAUAUUCCAACACGUCUUGAAGUGUUUUUAUUUUCAUCACGUAUAGGAAAAUUUUUCUUCUUAAUCAUAAUGCCAUUUCUUUAUUCUUUACGACCUGUAUUCGUUUUUCCAAAACCAAUACACGUAUUGGAAUUAGUUAACAUUAUGAUUAUGAUAGUAUUUAAUGGAAUAAUGUACUAUUAUUUUGGUCAUAAAACAGCAUCAUAUUUCGUUCUGGGUACUAUACUCGGCCUUUCGAUUCAUCCUAUUUCGGGACAUUUCAUUGCUGAACAUUAUGUCUUCAAAGAAGGAUUUGAAACUUAUUCAUAUUAUGGACCAUUAAAUGCUAUUACCUAUAAUGUUGGAUAUCAUAACGAACAUCAUGAUUUUCCAUAUAUCGCGGGUAGAAAUCUACCUAAAGUACGCAAAAUUGCUCCUGAAUAUUAUGAUAAUCUUCCAUCUUACACAAGUUGGGUUAAAGUACUCUACGAUUUUGUCAUGAAUGAUAAUGUUGGUCCUUGGGCACGUGUAGUUCGACCUACAAAACUCGGCGUUGAACCAGUCGUAAGCCAACAAGAAUAUGAACAAAAAUUGAAAACAAUUGUGAAAGAAGCUCACAAGCGUGACUAA